CUGCUUUUUCUUUCUAAAUUAUGCAUUGCGCGCGCACACAGUUUCUCAUUUCUUUCAACUUUGCUUAAUCUGCGCACUCUUCGCUGCUUAUCCUGCGACCCCACCGGAGAUGAAACCGGCGUCGGAGUAAAUAAUAAGAAUAUCAAAGUAUAGAAGGUAGGCGUACUGGAAAAAGAAAAUAAAAAUCACUGAUCUAAUCCAAUGGCCGAGAUUCCCAGAUUGUAGAAGACUUCGAGAAGAAUGGACGGUCAGAUAGGCCUUACGAGGACACAAUCUUCACUCCUGCGGUGUUCCCCCACUGUACGGUCAUCCAUCCACAGCUUCUCUUCUGUGAAUGAGAUCGCAGAGGAUCAAGAAACAGAGGACCUUGAGGAACAGAAGCCCCACAGGAAACCCCGUACCCCACUGGUUCGUCCCGUUUGGAGGCUGCAAAAUUCCGUUUCAUCCUGGUUCGUUCCGAUUCUUGCUAUCCUCUUACUUUCUGUUUACGCCCUUUUCGCCUUUAUCAACAGGGAUGGCAUAUCCAUGUCGGGAAAUCUCCUGCUAGCGUUCAUUUUCAUUUUCAUUGCAAUUUUGCUAUUUUUCUUGUCGAGAAACAAGGCCCUAAUCCUCCAUAGCUUUAAACAUAGCAAGCAAUUGUGUGAUGAAUCUGCAAAAAAACAUGGGAUUUUUUGCUUUUCCUCCAAGAACCAUGAAAAACCUGUUCAAUGGUUCAUUGGGGAGUCAAACCCUGACAAAAAAGAUAAAACACAAAGCAGAAAAGAAAAUACCAAAGAAAAUAUAAGAGAAGGAGUGGAGGUUUACAGCAAUGGGGAUUUUUAUGAAGGGGAGUUUCAUAAAGGGAGUUGCAAUGGUAGUGGAGUUUACAAUUACUUUGCGAAUGGGAGGUAUGAAGGGGACUGGAUUGAUGGAAAGUACGAUGGGCAUGGAGUUGAGAGUUGGGCGAGGGGGAGCCGAUACCGGGGGCAGUAUAGGCAGGGGUUGAGGCAUGGGUAUGGAGUUUAUACGUUUUACACAGGUGAUACAUAUGCUGGGGAGUGGUGUAAUGGACAGAGUCAUGGGAUGGGGGUACAGACUUGCUCUGAUGGGAGUUCUUACAUUGGGGAGUUCAAGUGUGGUGUCAAACAUGGCCUUGGCUGUUAUCAUUUCAGGAAUGGAGAUAGAUAUGCUGGUGAAUAUUUUGGAGACAAAAUCCAUGGUUUUGGUGUAUAUCACUUUGCCAAUGGUCAUUGUUACGAGGGAUCUUGGCAUGAAGGCCUGAAACAAGGUUAUGGCAUGUAUACAUUCCGAAAUGGUGAGACCGGAUGUGGUGAAUGGCACGGUGGAAAUAUUAAAACUUGCCUUCCCCAACUAACUGACGAGGUCCUUAGAGCAGUUCAGGCUGCUCGGAAAACAGCAAAUAAUGCAAUUCACUAUCGCCGGGUGGAUGAACAAGUGAACAAGGCAAUGAUGGCUGCAAAUAGAGCUGCUACUGCUGCCAGAGUUGCUGCUGUGAAAGCUGUUCAGAACAGGAUCAAUGGCAGAUUUUGCAAUACUGACAUGUAAGAUAUAAGCAUUUAUAGAAAAUGUAAAACUAGUAAAUUACCAUGCAAAAAGACCCCGGAGAGCUAAGCUCGUCGGAGGUUGAGACUAAUCUUGAAUUUUGGUUGAUGGCAAUGUAAAUCCACUUAGAUUGAUCCUUAGGUGACCUAAAUCUUAUCGAAGAUAGAGAGUAUUUUAACAUUUUGACAAAAGUGUAAAUAUCUGUGCAAAAAGACAUCCAGAUGAGUACCGCUCGAUGGAGUUUGAGUGUAACUCGACAUUUGGUCGAAUGUAACUUGUAUAUAGACACCGCCGUGUAUACAACAUACAUCAAUUAGGCAUUAGUUUCUAAAAAAUUCCUAUUUGCGGUUA